AUGAGCAGCCUCCGAUGGGGGCGGCGGCCGGUGGCGGUGCCGGACCGAGUGAACUUCAAUCUGUGGAGGAGCCUCGACGCGGGGGUCCGUGCCCAGGAGGCGGGGUCCGCGCCAGGAGGUGGGGGUCAGGCAGCCCUGGUGCGCUCUGUUCUGAGGGCUCGGGAGCUGCUCCGGGACCCCCAACUCCGGCCCACCCUGGACCGAGCGUACGGAGCCGCCCGGAGCCUGGCCCGGCUGCUCAGGGGGUCCGGGCCACGGUCAGGGGCCCCCCUGCCCCUCGGCCCCCUCGGUGCUCGGGUCCGGACCCUCCCCCGGCUCCUGGGGGUCCAUUCCCGGUUCCUGCGAGGGAAGGUUCGGCUGUUCCUGGCUGAUGCCUGUCCCAGGUGA